GAUAAAUUUAGUUUAAGUGUAAAAUCCAGAGCGCCCUAUUUUCUAAUGGGAGUCAAAAGGUCUAAAUAAUGUAAUUUCUUGGUUUAUUCCUUCCUUAAUUCAUAUAUAGAUAUCCAAGGAAUUCAGUUUCUGCAUGCCCCAGCCAUGACGUAAAAGUCUCCAGUCUUCCAUUUUUAUCUACGAAAUCGCCGCCCACCUUCACUGCUCCUUCAACUCACCACCUGCCGCACGCGGCUUCCCCACCGUCUCCACACACACACACACACACAUAUAUACACGCCUCUCUCUGUGCUCUCGAUGAACCCAACAAAUUAAUCAAUUCUGCAAACUCAAAAACCUUUCUUUCUUGAUCUUCCAUAAUAAACUUGAUGAUGAACUCCAACAAAUCCCAUGAAUAUGAGCGUGUGUUCAGCCACUUCGAUGAGAAUGGAGAUGGGAAGAUUUCCCCUUGGGAGUUGCAACGUUGUGUUGGAGCUGUCGGAGGAGAGCUGUCGCUGGCAGAGGCAGAGGCAGCUGUUGAGUAUUCGGACUCGGACGGUGAUGGGUUGUUGUGUUUUGAGGAGUUUGUGAGGUUUGUUGAUAGUGGUGAAGAAGAGGAGAAGGUGAAGGAUUUGAAGGAAGCUUUUAAGAUGUAUGAGAUGGAAGAAAGUGGAUGUAUUACACCUAAGAGUUUGAAGAGGAUGCUUAGAAGAUUAGGUCAGGCUACCUCCAUUGAAGCUUGCAAGAUUAUGAUUGCUCAGUUUGAUCUUAAUGGUGAUGGAGUUCUUAAUUUUGAUGAGUUUAAGGUUAUGAUGUUAUGAUUAAUUGAAGAAGAAGAA